CCUGAUAAGCGCUUACUCACAGAGUCGACGCGCAGUUGGUGAGAAUCGGAGCGUUUGUGAAGACUGUCACUUGAGCAAGUUUACAGAGCGGUAGAAUAAGUCUACUUGCGCGAGUCUGCAGACAGAAACUAAAAAUCUUCGAGUCUACACAGAGUUCGUCCACUCUCGGCAUCAAGAUGUGCACCUCAUCUGAGUCAGUGCCCAAGAGCGCUGUAUAUGAGACAGAAGCGGCUGCGUGGCUGGAUAACAUCAGCUUCUGCAGCGGCUUCUGUCAGUGGAUCGACGAAGAGUUGAGCGUCGAUUCACUGCCAGCUGAUUCCCAGCAGCCUGUGCAGUCAACAAGCGCUUCACAAGCAGAAGCAGAAGCAGAAGCAGUGAGUGCACAGCCUUCUGCUGAGAAAAGCCCAACAGAAGUUCCAUCUCGAGGCAACAGGAGAAGCAGAAUCCAUGCCUUCUUCAAGAGAGCAUGGAAGGCUGUUAAGAAGCCGUUCCUCCGUUGCAGACGGACAAGAGUGGAGUCCAUUCCUGAAACAGCAUCUGUCCCGGGACCCUCUGGGCUCCAGAACGUGCCUGACACCGAGCCGGCAUCUGCCUCAGGUCUUCCCAAUUGGGAGCCAAUGACCGAACCUAUGUACAGUUUAUACACACUGCAGGGAUUGAUUGGAAAGGGAAGUUUCGGCAAGGUGUUCAAGGCAAUACGGAAAUCUGACGGCCAAGAGGUUGCCAUUAAAGGACUGUGCAAAUUCAACAACAGGCGUUAUCUUAAAAUUCCUGGUUGCUCCGCACCUCUGCCUAGAGAAGUGGCUCUGAUGCUGCUGUUGAGGCGUCCUCCAGUUAGCCCCUACGUCAUACAAAUGUACGAGUGGUUUGAUCGACCCAAGAUCUUCUCUCUUAUUCUGGAGUGCCCUCAACCGUGCAUGGUCCUGCGAAAGUUCAUCACGGUUUCGUCAGGACUGACUGAAACGAUCGCGUCCAUCUUAAUGCGUCAGUUAGUCCUGGCAGUGCAGCACUGCAUAGACCACGGCGUUUUUCACAACGACAUCCACGCUGACAACAUCCUGGUGACCACAGACACUCUGGAGAUCAAGCUGAUUGACUUUGGCGCCGCUCACCUGUUUGAGAGCACAGGCUACGACACCUGGAAAUAUUUAGGUGAGCUGGCGUUCUGUAUUUAUUUUUUAUUGCAAAAUAUUGGGAAAAUAAGCGUGGGAAAUGAAAUGUUCUUGCUUGCAGGAGCAGCAGAGUACUGUCCUCCAGAGGCUUUUUCGCAGCCCAAAUACCACGCCGUCCCAACAAAUGUCUGGGCUCUGGGCGUUACGCUGUAUCUGAUGGUGAACAGACGGCUGCCCUUUUACAACAUCCGGGAAACAUUGGAAGCUUCCCCUAAGUUUUGGAAGCCCACCUUGUCCAUAGCAUGCCGUGAUCUGAUUGGCCAGUGUCUGAACCGUGAUCCAGCGAAGCGGCCGACUUUAGAGCAGAUCUUAGAGCACCCCUGGUUCAAAAGGUGGCUCUAGAAUGAAGGCAGGCGAGGGAUUCCCUCUCUCAUGUGCCUCAGACCUAAUCACUCUCCAUAGAGGUCAAGUACUGUCAUAUGUUUCAAUUCUAAAUGAUGUUGAGAAAACAAAACAGUUGUUGACCGCAGAGCACUUUAAUGUUCUGGUCCUAUUAUAGACGACAUAGUAAUAUGAUAAUAUGAAAAGUACUGGACUAGAUAGAAACAUGAUUCCAAAUCUUCUUGAGACCAUGAACCCAAACAGACCUCUAAAGGACCAGUGUGGACAUUAGGGUGUGCUUCCCAUCUAACGCUCCUGUGCAGUUAGGGAAAUCCACCUAGAUGAAAACUUUGAAGAGAUAUUCCUCUCCUGCUCAGUCGGUCUUUCUAGGUGUGUGUAUCCAUCAUGCACCUGUUCAGUGCAGCACAUGUGUCCUCGAUGGAUUUAGCCACUGUGCUCUCCUGGAAACAAUAGUGAGAGGCAAGCGUUCUGACUAAUUUCCUGAUAUAAAAUAAACUUUAAUAUAAACAUUCAUUUCUGUCUCUUCACAGAUAAUGAGUGCAGGGCAAGAUGGAAGUCACUUCGAGACAAACACAUCAAGUGGAAAAAAAGACAGCAGUUGUCAAGUGGCUCUGGAGCAAUGCGUCAACAGGAAUGGAAAUAAGCUUCAGUGAUUUCCUUCCUGAAUGUAUUUAUACAAAAUUGAAGUCGCUCCGACUCCGGUCUUCCAGAGCCCUGCCUCUGCCUUGGUUGCAUGAGCCUUCAGCUCCACCUUGGCCCUCCGGACCCUCAGUGUCACCCUGGCUCUCCAUCCGCUCGUCUCCAUUCUGGGAUCAUCAUCCAUCGGCUCAGUUCUCUGUAUGUCGGCCCCCUGGUGUUGUUGGCUCCAUGGCUCCUCCCUGCUCCCUGCUCCCUCCAUUCACUCCACCCUGGCACUAUGGACUAUGUUCCCUCUCCAUUGCCUGCCCCACACCUGCCCCCUGAUCAUCCACCCUCCCUCCUCUGUUGGGCUUUUUUGUCGGCACGAGGACAUGCCGUUCUGGGAGGGGUCAAACUCUGUUUUGGUUUAAAGUCUUCUUCUGUAUUUUGUCUGUUCGCGUUGAUGUUUAUUCAUUGAUCUAAUGUGGAUUUAUUUAGCUGU